GCCAAGAUAAACUAUAAUGGCGGACACCGAACGGUGUUUGCAGUGGAGUAGUGACGCUUAUGCAUACAGCAUUGAAGUUAUUCACUGAAAAAUGUAAAUAGUUUCAGAUAUUAAUUACAAAGCAGAUUACUGAUAAACAAAGAUGGCAGAUAUAAGAGGAGAAUCUAGGACAAGCUACCUCAGUCAAUCUCAGUAUUCAGAAUCUACAGUGAUUAACCAAGAUCUGGGAGAUCCUGAUAUCUUUCAGACAGAUAGAGAUGGGACACCAAAGACACCAACACAACAAACCAAAGUGGUAACAUUCGCUCCAGGACAUAGUUUAGCCAAGGCAAAAACAAUAGAAGAAUUAACUCUUGAAUCUUCAUCUCAGAAAAGAAGUGGAAAAGCUGCUGAUCUCAUGGCUCGAUUGGUAGAUAAGCCAGAAAAUUCUCAAGUUUUGCGAAUGGUUAGAGGAUUGCCACUUAAACCAGUGGCUUAUCAAGGACUUUCACAGAGUCCUGGUAUACCACGUCCACCCUCUGGUAAAACUGACCAAAUGCCAUCAAGCUUUAGAACCACUAUGUUUAAAAGAGAUUAUGAGAAAAGACAACAUCAGAUUAAAGCAAAAACCCAGCAAGGGGAUGAUAAAACAGUACUAACUGUAGGCAUGCUUCACAAGCCACAGCCUAAACCAGCGCCAGCAACUCCCAUGACAAUGUAUGAUGGUGAUGAUGACAAAGAGUUAGAGGAAAUAGAAGUGUUAGCAGAGUUAGCAGAGAUAAUGGGACCUGGAACGGAACCCAGUACUAAUGGUGCUAAGUCAAUUAGUCCACACUCUUCUCAGCAGUUAGAAUCAGGUAUGGAUGAAGUAUCAAAACCAUCAUCAACAGAUCUACCUGUCAGUGUAGAUAGGUCACCGACAAAAUCACCAUAUUCUGUAGCAAAAGAUGAGGAUGAUGAUGAAAUCCUGAACAAAGACUUUCCUGAUGAAAUCCCUAUAAUUGAUACUCGACCCUUGAAAGGGAGGCCACUCUCCAGUAACAGUUCUUCAGCACGUUCUAACAGAAUAGACUCAGCAAAGAAAAAGGAAUCCAAUGUUGUAUUGAAUUACUUGAGGAAGAACAGAUAUGAUGAUAGUGUACCAGAGAAUGAUGAUGUCAUGUACAAUGUAGAGAAAUUAAGAAGUAAUUUAGGAUGGACUACAGAAUUACCAAGACAUGGUCCUGAUUGUAGGAAGGCAAUGGAAACUAUAUCAGAUAUACCAAAGCUAAAUCCUCAGGCACAGAAAAAUGUUAAGGAAGAUGAUGGAGAAUUUUUGUAUUGCUUACCAAAGAAUAGGAAGAAUAAGAGAUCUCGCUACAUGCCGUAUGAUUUACAGAUUGUUUCUGCUAAUGAAGCCAGAAGUCAACCAAUCUACUGGACAAUCAGUGCAUCCUAUAUAACCAGGUGUACUCAGGGACCAAAUGGUCAGGAAUUGUCAACCAACACCCCUGUGUUAUGGUGGUUGUGGGAACGAAGAUUAUUUUACAUGAUACAUGAACUACCUGUAUUUGUUCAAUUUAGGAAAUGGAAGACAUUUAAACAGUGGAAGAGAAAUGUUCGUAUGCAGAAAAAAUCUGGAAGCAAAAAUACAAUGUACAAGCAGUUGUUUGUAGCCAAUGAGGUACUCCAGGGAUGUCUGAUACAUGUGAGGAGUUUACUAGAGGCUGCCAGUGGUAGUAGAGAUGGUAUAGGAGAGAAAGAUAAUGCUAUUAUUCUGAUUGUUGUGGAUAGGUCUGCCACAUUGACCUUGGAUGAAUUCAAGGACAUCCAGGUGGUACAGGCUGAGAAAGCUUUGGGACAGUUGAAUGCUUUGAGAAAUAAGAUAAUUGACAUUGUCUGGGAGUCAUGUGCAACGGUUGCAGAAAUGGAAGGAAUCACACAUGGUAUAAGACCAGAGGGUACAAAGAAAGUUCAUAUACAGGCACCUCCAAAAGAAGAAGUCAAGAAGUUAGAUAGUAAAGCUAAACUACAGAAGAAAUUUGGUAUCAAGACUUUGGAAGAAAAGAAAAAGGAAGAAAAAAGUUCAAAGCCCCUUUAUGCUCAGAUUGCUGAAUGGAGGAAGAUUUUAGCCAGGUUGGCUGCUUUCCUGAAGUCUAUUGAUUACCUGAUAUUAGAAAUGUUACGGCGACUCGUAGUGACUGCUAUGAGGUUACUACUGGAACAUCUGUCAACAUCAUAUUAUGUCACAGAUGAAGAUGAAGAAAAGGCAUCCACAUAUGUUCCAUCUGAGGAUGGUAGUUCAUCUGAUGAUGAUGAUGUUCCGGUCAAAAAGAAAAAGGAUUCAGAUAUGGGAACACAGUCAGGAAGAAGUAGUGUUUAUAUGGCCAGUAGACCUGAAUCAAGGGCCAGUGGUAUUGGGAAACCAGGACAGGUACAAAAGAAAGAAGGCUAUGUUAUUCCACAGUUUGAUUUUGAUCAGCCAGAAUUGUUUGAUGGUCCUCCUGAUAUUAAUGAGGUACUGGAAGAAAUCAAACAAAAAGAUGUUGUAGAAGAAAUAGCAGCAGCAGUAUUUAAUGUACAGCUAGUGUUGAAUACCCCUAAAGAAAGAACUGCCCUAUCAGGUGGUAGUAGACAUUCAUCAUCUCCAGGAUCCUCUAGGAGGAAGACCCUGGAGAGAACUGAAUUAGGAUCAGGAAAGAAGGUGGUCAAGUUCACUGAUGAACAACAAUCAGCAACAGAUACAGAGAACUCUGACUCAGAAUCUGAUUAUUAUUCGGAUGAAGAAACUGAUGGAGAGAGAGAAGACCACAGAGAAUCUAAAGAAGGAGAAGAUGAUGAUGAGGAUGAAGAAAAGAAGGGAGACAAACAGUUAACUUAUGCUUACACAGAGAGAAGGAAACCAACGCUACCAAGCAAAUCAGUUGUUGACAUAUCACCAAAUCAGGAACAAUUCAAACAGGGUAUAGAUGAAAUAGUAGCUGGGUUUAGGAGAACCAUUGUUCAAGUUGUUUCCAUGUUACGAGAACCAAGACUAAAAGUUUUCUACUCAGCACCAAUACAGGAUCUGAAGUUGAACUUUGAUGUAGAGGAGGAGGAGGAGAGACGAGAAUAUGAACGACCUUGGCCUGACCUUCAGUUUAUCUUUAGUGACGACUAUGAAUACAAUAACUUAUUGGAGGAAUUACAUAAAUACAUAGAAAUGGAGAUGAACCUUGUCAAACAGUAUGCUAAAGAGUUUGAUCAGUACUGUCUGAUGGUAGAUGAUGCCAGGAAGUUGAAUGUAGAAGAAUCAAUGGCCUAUAAGCCUUGGUCAACAGAUCAGUUUAGUGGUGUUUUAGCUAAACAUACUGGUGAAAUUGGUAAAAUGAAAGCAAUGACGAUCAGAAAGAGAGUACAUAUGAUACAGGUUCUAAGUAAGAACUACCGUGAGACCUGUCUACCUUAUCCUACCAACAUUGUGGAUACAGUACACAUCAAACUCCCACUUAUUGCCAAUAAAAGGAAUGAGGACUUACUUACUAUCAUCAAGGGUGCAGCAAGGAAAUUGGACAACUAUCCUAAAUCUGUUGAACAGUUUGUAGAGCAUUUGACCUUUUUGUCAAAGAUUAGUUCAGAGUUACCUGCCCUUGAGAAUGAGUUUCUACUUGUGAACAAGUUAUUCACGAUAGCUAAGGAUUAUUUAGUUAACAUUUUACCAGAAGAAAUGGCUUUAUACCAGACAUUAGCUCCAAGUUUUCAGGGAUUGAAGAAUACCAUCCUGUAUAAUGAAGCUAAGAAGGAUGAGAAUAUUCGUAAGUUCAGUCGAGACCUAGACACCUUGAUACAACAGAUUCGUUCAGAGCUGAAUAAAAAGAAAGAAGAGGUGAAGAAUCCUGACCUUUUAAGUAUAGACACAGAUCCUGGCAGAGCUAUAAAUACUAUAGAAGUAGCCCAGGAGGAUGUACAAUCACUGUCUAAGCGUAUACAUAGUUAUGUCACAUACCAAGAGAGAUUUGGUAGCUCACUUGCUAACUCUAAGAAGAACAUGUUUGGAGAAGAAUACCUGCUAAUGGACAGAUCAGAUGACAGCAGUGCCAAGGAGAUACAAGCAGCUUUACCAGAGGUAGAGAGGGAUCUAACAUUGAGAAAAGCACUAUGGACUUCAACAAUGGAAUGGAACAAGCUAGAGAAACAAUGGAUUAAUACAUUAUUUGAUGCAUUACAAGUAGAAAGUCUACAGAAAAAUGUCAGCAAGUUUACACAAACAGUGUACAUGUUAGAAAAAGGAUUACCACACAAUGAGGUUGUCCCUCAUCUGAAGGAGAAAGUAAUGGAAUUUAAACAGAGUAUGCCAAUCAUUACCAGCUUGAGAAACCCAUCACUGAAACAGCGUCAUUGGGAUGAAAUAGAGAGAAUGAUAGGAAAAUCUAUUGUAAAAGACAAGACAUUUACACUGGGAAACUUGAUAGAAAUGAAGAUAAUAAAACUGAAAGAUAAGAUUCAGGACAUAUCUACAACAGCCAGCAAUGAAGAAACACUAGAGAAGAUGUUAGACAAGAUCAUUCAAUUAUGGCAAAAAACAGACUUCCGUACUGUACCACAGCCAAGUAGAGACACCUAUAUUAUUGGAGGUGCUGAUGACAUCAUGGCACAGUUAGAGGAAAGUGCAGUUACUAUUGGUACAAUCAGAGGAUCCAGAUAUGUAUCACCCAUUAAGGGUCAAGUGGAAGAAUGGGAAAGAAAGUUGUUGGUAUUUGGACGUACCUUAGAUGAAUGGUUGUCCUGUCAGCGAACAUGGUUAUAUAUUGAGAAGAUAUUCCGUGCUCCUGAUAUACAGAGACAAUUAAAAGGAGAAUUUAAGAUGUUCAUGCAAGUAGACAGAGCGUGGAAAGAUUUAAUGAGGAGAGUAGAGGAUCGACCCAAUGCUAUAAAGUCAGCUCUUACGCCUGGAACACUAGAGACGCUACAACAAAAUAACUUAACACUCAAUAUUAUACAGAAAAAUCUAGAGGAUCAUCUUGAGACGAAGAGAUUUGCCUUCCCCAGGUUUUACUUUCUCAGUAAUGAUGAGUUGUUGGAGAUCCUGGCCAACUCUGAUAAUCCAAAUGCUGUACAGCCACAUUUGGGUAAAUGCUUUGGAAAUGUAAAAUCUCUGGAAAUAACUGGUGGAAUUGUACGGAAGAUGAUCUCAGAUGAAGGAGAAGAAAUAGAAAUGCCUAAAAAUCGUAUCAGAACAGGAAAUACUCCUCAGUGGCUGGUUAGUUUUGAGACAGUCAUGUUUGAAACUGUCAAAAAACAUUUAAAGAAAGGAAUAAGUGAUUGGGACAAUUCAGAUUUGUCCAAAUGGGUACUGGAACAUCCUGGACAAGUUGUCUUAACUGUGGUUCAAAUAAUGUUGAACAAAGAUGUAGUGAAAUGUUUUGAACAACCUAACCCAAUCACAGCCAUUACAGAGGUACAGAGUAAUCUUAUCAAAUCAUUAGAACAGCUAGCUGGUGUUGUGUCCCAGAAUAUCAAAGGCUUUCAGAGAAUGAGUAUAGAGGCUUUACUGACCAUCAACGUCCAUAACAGAGAUAUUCUUCACACCAUGAUAGUGGAUAAAGUUACCUCAAAGGAGGACUUUGAUUGGAAAAAACAACUGCGGUAUGAGUGGGAUGAACAAAGUAAUCACUGUCAAGUUCUACAAUCCAAUGCACAGUUUAAGUAUGGAUAUGAAUACCUUGGAUGUUCCCCACGUCUGGUUAUUACACAGCUAACAGACAGAUGUUACCUUACAUUGACUGGUGCUAUGCAUUUACAUCUGGGAGGAUCUCCAGCAGGUCCUGCUGGUACUGGCAAAACUGAAACUGUUAAAGAUUUAGCUAAGGCAAUGGGUAAAUUGUGUGUAGUAUUUAAUUGUUCAGAAGGACUUGAUUUUAAGACAUUAGGGAAGUUUUUCUCUGGAUUGGCACAGUCUGGAAGCUGGUGUUGUUUUGAUGAGUUUAAUCGUAUUGAUAUAGAGGUACUGUCUGUGGUCGCUCAACAGAUUCACACUAUAAAGGCUGCCAAGGAUGCUCAAGCUCCCAGAUUUAUAUUUGAAGGAAAGGACAUCAAAUUGGAUAUGAGUUGUGGAUACUUUAUUACAAUGAAUCCUACCUAUGCAGGACGUGUAGAAUUACCCGACAAUUUGAAGACCCUAUUUAGACAGGUUGCUAUGAUGGUACCAGACUAUGCACAGAUAGCAGAAAUCAUGCUUUUUUCAGAAGGAUUUAGAUCAGCUAAGCCUCUGUCCAGGAAGAUUGUACAGCUGUAUAACUUAGCCAGUAAACAAUUGUCACAACAAGAUCAUUAUGACUUUGGUAUGAGAGCCAUCAAAUCUGUUCUGGUUAUGGCUGGUCAUGGAAGGAGACACGCUCAACAUAAGGAGGAUCACAUGGACAAAGUGAUGACUGAGAAUGAAGAAUCUUACAUAUUGAUGCAUUCUUUACAAGAUGCUAAUAUACCUAAGUUCUUGGCUGAAGAUGUUCCAUUGUUCAAAAGUAUUUUAGAUGAUUUGUUCCCAGGAAUUACACCUCCAGACAGGGAUUAUGGUGUACUAGAAAGAGCAAUCAACAUGUCUAUUAGAGAUCAUGGAUUCCAGUCAUGGAGUAACCAAGUAGAUAAAGUAAAACAGUUCUAUAACCAGAUCAUGGUUAGACAUGGUAUCAUGUUAGUGGGGCCCACAGGAGGUGGUAAAACAACAAUCAGAAGUAUUCUACAGAAAGCAUUGGUACUUCUCCCAACUAUCACCCCAUCUGAUCAUGAAUUAAACAAGAAUAAAGGACAUUAUGUGCAUAACAGAUCUAAGAAAGGCCAUGUAGAAGUGUUUCAGGUGAAUCCUAAAUGUGUGACAUUGGGUGAAUUGUAUGGUGAGAUAGAUUCUAAUACUCUUGAAUGGCAUGAUGGAUUGAUAGGUUCAGCUACUCGUAAGUUCUCAUCAGAUCCAACACUACUUAAAACAGAAGAUGGUACAUCAACUAGACCUGUGUCUCGACUCACAGCAUUAUCUACACCUAAUCCACCAAAAGAAGGUGAAACAGAGAGUGAUAUGGAGGAAGAGAAGAAGGAACAGAAUUUACAUAUAGAAUGGAAAUGGUUGGUGUUAGACGGCCCUGUAGAUACUUUAUGGGUGGAGAAUCUCAACACAGUACUCGACGAUUCUAAAGUUCUCUGUCUGGCCAAUGGUCAGAGAAUUCAUCUGGCCUCUGGAAUGAGGUUGAUAUUUGAAGUGGACAAUCUGUCACAAGCCAGUCCUGCUACUAUCAGUAGAUGUGCUAUGGUGUACAUGGACCCAGUAGAUCUUGGAUGGCAGCCCUAUGUGAAAACAUGGCUUCAGAAGUUACCUAAAGAUAUGCCAGAGAGUGCAAAGAAGCAUCUAAUGGCAUUAUUUGAUUACACCAUAGAGAAAGGUCUGAAGUUUAAACAGAAGUAUAUAAGAUUUCAACCUAUUGAAGCUCCGACAUUAUCCACCAUUAUGACCUUGUGUAACAUCCUGACCGCCUACUUUGAUUUUAUGUUACAACAUGGAGGCUUUGGAAAUCCAGACAGGGAAGAAGAAAAGGUUGAAAGUGACCUUAGAACUGAAAGUAGAGGUUCAAGUAGAAGCUCCUCUAGAUCUAAGCUCAGAGGAUCAAGGAAACGAGCCCAAAAACCUGCUAGUGUUCCUAGUAUAACAAAGGAAAGCAGUCAAACCACUUCAAAGACUGGCAGUGUUUAUUCUUCGGGGUACAGCUCAGAACCAGACCCAGAGUCAGACAGAGUAUUAUAUCUCAUGAAGAAUCCCAGCCAGUUUUUAAAUGUACUUGGCAAACUUUAUGUCUUUGCCUACACAUGGAGUAUUGGAGGAAACUUCCAUCGACAGGAAGAUGUUGAUGAGGACGAUAAUGUUAACAGACGUGGACAAGAUAAAGUAGAGAAGGAUAUCAACAUCUGUAAUGAGUUUGAUAACUUCAUGAGAGAACUGUUUGAAGUGGAACCUCCACUAGGUGUAAGACUACCAACAGGAAACAGAAGUAUCUAUGGUUACUUUAUUGACAUGGAAUCUGGUAACUUUGUUCCUUGGGAUACACUGGUACCUACCACUAGGUGGUUAAUAGAGAGAGGAGCCAUCAUUACUAUAGGGGAGACAAUGGGGGUAUCCUCAGGUCAGAAGAAGAAGAGAGAAGAACAGGAGAUUACACCAACAGUAGAUAUCGUCAGGUUCUCCUUCCUGUCAGGGUUAUUGCUCCUGAAUAGACGAGCUGUGUUAUUGACAGGUGAUUCUGGAGUUGGUAAAUCAGCCUUAAUAAACUACAUGUUGGGAAAACUAUCACAAGAUGGUGGUACAACAACCAAAAGUAAUACAAUCCUGGGCAGUGUCCUAAAUUACUCCUCUAAACAUUCCUCUUUACUGGAUAACAUUGCUAGCCUCACUAAGUUUGGAGAAGAAGAGGAAGGUCAAGAUUUAAAUGUCCUUAUGGGAUCCUCUAAACCCAAAGCAUCAACUGGUAUCCUGUAUUCUAUGAUACAAUGCAGUGCUCAGACAACAUCAGCCAGGUUACAGGACAAUAUUAUGUUGAAGCUGAUGAAAAAGGGCAAGGACACACUUGGGGCUCCCAGAGGGAGGAAGAAGUUUGUGUUUGUUGAUGAUCUCAAUAUGCCAGCUCCAGAGGAAUAUGGAGCUCAACCUCCUCUAGAACUUCUGAGACAGUUCUUGGAAUCAGGUGGAUUCUAUGAUACAAAGAGCCUCACAUGGAAGACAAUAUUUGAUGUAACUGUUGUGGCUGCUUGUGGCCCUCCAGGUGGUGGUAGAAAUCCCAUCAGUCCAAGGCUUCUCAAGAACUUCUGUAUAUUUGCUAUGCCUUUACCAUCUACAAGAUCUCUACAACAUAUCUACCAAGUCCAGUUGGGGAGAUUCUUCCAGGAGGGAGAAUUUGCUUCAGAAGUAAAGGAACAGUUACUUCCCUUGGUGUCAGCCAGCAUAGCUGUAUACUAUAGGAUGGGAAAUAACAUGCUCCCCACACCAGCCAAAUCACAUUAUACAUUUAAUUUGAGGGAUUUGUCCAAGGUUAUACAAGGAUUAUUGCAAGCCCAUGAGUCUGUUAUCGUCAGCAAAGACAAUAUUGCAGGGUUAUUUGCUCAUGAGGUGACCAGAGUUUUCCACGACAGGCUGAUUUGUCCAGAGGAUAGAGUUAUGUUUUACCAGUUCUUGUCAGACAAUCUUCAUGAUUAUUUCAAGGUAAAAUGGACACCAGAACAACUGAUGUCAGAACAGAUUUUGUUUGGAGAUUUCUUUGAUGUUAGUGACAAGGCUUCUGCACGUGUGUACAGACCCAUCAGCGAUAGAAAGAAGUUACGUCAAGUUCUGGAGGAAUACUACAUGAGAAUGAGCUUUGGAAACACAAAGAAGGGUCAGGACAAUACUUUAGCUAAAGAAGCAAGUCAAAUGGUGUUCUUCAAGGAUGCAGUAGAACAUGUCACAAGAGCUGCAAGAGUGUUCCGACAACCUGGUGGUCAUAUGAUUCUCGUUGGUUUGGAUGGAACAGGAAAGUCAACAGUAGUACAGCUAGCUAGUCAUAUUGCUGGAUCUGAGUUAUUCAAACUGUCUUUACACAGAGGAUAUGGUAUAACAGAGUUUAGAGAUGAUCUGAAGCAAGUGUUUAAGCUUAGUGGAGUUAAAGGACUGACCAUUGUGUUUCUACUAACAGAUGCUGAUAUUGUUAAAGAAUCUUUCUUGGAAGAUAUCAACUGUAUCCUGAAUUCUGGAGAAGUACCAGAUCUGUUUGAUGCAGAAGAACUAGAUGCUAUCAGAAUGGAACUUAGACAAGCAGCAUCACAGGCAGACAUACCAGACACUAAAGAUUCUGUAUAUCAGUUCUUUACCGGUCGUGUCACACGUAACCUUCACAUUGUAUUGACACUCAGCCCUGCUGGGGGUAAGUUCCGUCAGAGAUGUCGAAUGAACCCAGCAUUUGUUAAUUGUUGUACCAUUGAUUGGUAUGAUGAAUGGGAAGAGGAAGCCAUGUUGAGUGUGGCAGAAGUUUUCUUUGAGAAUGCAGAGUUUAUAGCUGAUGAAAGUUAUGACUUGAAGAUUCUUAAAGAAAGAGUUGGAAGAGUUUGUGUAGAUAUCCAUAACACUAUUGGUACAGCUGCUCUUAAAUACUGGGAUGAGAUGAGACGACAUUACUACGCAACUCCUAGUAGUUAUAUGGAGUUCAUCAGGCUUUACUCCAAGAUGUUGAGAGAAAAUAAACAGUCCUUCAUUAAUAACAAAGAGAGAUUAGAGAAUGGUCUAUCAAAACUAUCAGAAGCUAAUGAUCUAGUGGGAACUUACCAAGAAAGACUCAAAACACUUGGACCUCAGAUUGAAGAAAAACAGAGGGAUACUGAGGUAUUGUUAGAACAAUUACAGAAAGAUCAGGAUGCUGUAGAACAAGUCCAGGAGAUAGUCAGACAAGAGGAGGAGAUCAUGAAACGAGAGACAGAAAUUGUACAGGAAUAUGCUGAGGAAUGUGAGCGAGAUUUAGCAACAGUAUUACCAGCUUUAGAUAAAGCAGAAGAGGCCUUGAAAUCACUAGAUAAAUCUGAUGUCAGAGUUGUCAGGACAUAUGCCAAUCCACCAGAAUUGGUAAAGAGUGUUUUGAGAGCUGUAUGUGUGUUGUUCCAGAAGAAAGAUGAUUGGGCUGCUGCUAAACAAAUGGUUAAAGAACCAGACUUUCUUAAAAAUUUACUGACACUUGACAAAGACACAUUACCAGGGAGAGUGUUCCACAAACUGAAGAAAUAUUCCAAACAUGAGGACUUUAAUCCAAUCACAGUAGGACAGAACUCUGGACCAUGUGAAUCUAUCUGUCUGUGGGUUCUGGCAUUGGAACAUUAUUAUGAAGUCAACAAGAUGGUAAAACCUAAACAGAAACGUGUUGAAGAAGCAAAAGAAGCACUUAAACUUGCAGAAGGAAGUCUGGCACAAAAACAAGCUAGUCUUACGAAGAUUCAGCAGCAUUUGAACAUGUUACAAGACAGAUAUACAGAAAGUGUCAAUCAGAGAGAAUCAUUAAAACAAGAGAAGAUAACUACUGGACUAAGAUUACAGAGAGCUGCAGUGCUCAUAGAUGCCCUGGCUAAUGAAAAGGUCAGAUGGCAGGAAUCAGUGAAGACAUUAGAACUAAAGUUACAAGGCCUAGUAGGAGAUACAUUAGUGGCUGCUGCUUCUGUAGCUUACAUAGGACCAUAUACAGCUAAAUACAGGAAGGAUCUACUGGUGUCCUGGGUAGACAUGUCUAAAUCUGCUCAGAUACCAAUCACAGACAAGUUUGAUCUAGUCAAAAGUACUGUAGAUGCUCAUCAGGUUUUGAAGUGGCAGAAUGAGGGAUUGCCUCAUGACAGCCACUCUACAGAGAAUGCUUUAAUAGUGAAGAAGGCUCAGAAAUUUCCCUUGUUCAUUGAUCCACAAGGACAAGCUUUCAACUAUAUAAAGGAAAUGGAAGGAGCAGGAUUAAAAAUAGUGGCAGCAUCAGAUCCUAAUUAUAUGAGAACAUUAGAGAGUGCCAUCAGAGUUGGAGAGGCUAUGUUACUGAAGGAAGUAACAGAAUCUCUAGAUCCAGCUCUCAGACCUGUACUUCUAAGAGAAACAUUUACUAGAGGUGGACACACAGUCAUCAAACUUGGAGAUACAGAGAUAGAAUUUAAUGAUAAUUUUAGGUUGUACAUGACAACAUCUAUGUCCAACCCACAUUACCUACCUGCUGUGUAUAUACAAGUUAAUAUCAUCAACUUUACAGUGACAUUUGAGGGUCUACAGGAACAGCUUUUAUCUGCAGUUGUUAGACAGGAAAAACCUCAGCUUGAAAACCAAAGAAGUGAACUUUUAGAAAGUAUAGCUGCAGAUUUGCAAUUUUUGAGAGAUUUAGAGGAUAAAUCAUUAAGUUUACUGCAAAAAACAGAAGGUCAUAUUCUUGAUGAUCAGGAUUUGGUCGAUACUCUACAGAAGAGUAAAGGAAUGGCAGAAGCAAUGUACAAAAGAAUUCAAAAGUCAGAAGACACUGAGAAAAAACUCAGUGUGGCAAGACAGAAAUAUUUACCUGUAGCUACUAGAGGAGCCACAUUAUACUUUGUAUUAGCUGAUUUAUCUGGUAUUGAUGUUAUGUACCAGUUCUCUCUGGAAUGGUUCCAGCAGGACAUGUUUAUUUCCUGUAUAACCAAUCAGAAUGUAGCUGCCAUGAAGGAGAUGGAGAGGAAAUCCAGUAUAAGUCCUCAUCUGACUGGAGUAAUUAGACCAGAUAGUCGACAGAGUGUAACCAGAGUUAGCAUGGACAACAAAGCCAGCAUUGAGUUGUUUGGAAAAUUAAGGGAAUCUAUGCCAUCUGUUAACACUGAUGAUCCUGCUGAGCUUAAAAAACAUAUGUUAGAUAUGAUAAAUAGACUUACAUCCAGUAUCUACAGAGUGGUUUCAGUGGCACUAUUUGCCAGACAUCAGUUGACAUUUUCCUUCAUGUUAUGCUCUAGCAUAAUGAGAGCUAAUGCCAAGUAUGCAGAUAUUGCUGAGCUGGGCAAAAUUGAGGAUGUGGAAUGGCAGGUUUUCCUUCAAGGAAAUAUCAUGGCUAAAAUGAUGGAUGAAAAAUCACUAGAGGAACAUGAUGGACUAACUGCAAUGGAAAGAUUAGAAGCCCAGAACGGAGGAGAUAAAACAAAGCAGAAAAGUCCUCCUAAGUGGAUAUCUGAGGCUAUGUGGCAGCAAUGUCAACACUUAGAGGCUACAUUACCUGACAUGGAUAAACUUUGCCGUAGUAUUAUGUCUAAUAGUACACAGUGGAAUACUUUUUACAAGUUGGAAAAUACUUAUAAUUUGAUGACUGAACCAUUUAAAAAUCCGAAAGGUGAAGUGACAGAACAUGGUAUUGUGUUCCCAUGGGAACAACUGACUGGUUUCCAAAGACUGUUAAUAAUCAAGGUUCUAAGGCCAGGACAGUUAGUGGAAUCAGCUCAGAAGUUUGUUGAGGAUCAGAUGAGCAGCAGUUAUCUGUCCACUGGAUCAUUUGAUCUGAAAGAAAUAUAUGAUGAGUCAUCGUCAAAAACUCCACUGAUCUUUAUACUUUCACCAGGUACUGAUCCUGCCAGUCAAUUAAUCAGAUUUGCCAAAGAAGAGAGAGGUAGUACUGUACAUUUAGAUAUGAUAUCUCUUGGUCGAGGUCAAGGUCCUAAGGCUGAAGAACUGAUUAAUAAGGCCAAGAUACUGAAAGGAAGAUGGGUGUUCUUACAGAAUUGUCAUCUAGCUUCAUCAUGGAUGCCAAGGCUCCAGGCUAUUGUAGAAAAAUUCAAUGCCUCUACAGAAGAAGUAGAUAAACAGUUUAGACUAUGGUUAAGUUCUAAUCCAGAUCCUUGUUUCCCUAUAUCUAUACUACAAACUGGCAUGAAGAUGACAGUAGAGCCACCUCAGGGUCUAAAAGCCAACAUGUUGAGGGCUUUUGGUGGGUCUGGUACUGGUGUUGUUACAGAGAAGAUGUAUGAAGAUGUAGGACCAGGACCAGCCUGGCCCAAACUUCUCUUUGGUCUAUGUCUAUUUAACAGUGUCAUACAUGAAAGAAGAAAGUAUGGCCGACUUGGAUGGAAUAUUGUCUAUGGAUUUAAUGAUUCUGAUUUAGAGGUGUCAAUGCUGCAGUUAUCUAACUUGUUAACAGAACAUCCUAAUGUUCCAUGGAAAGCCUUGACCUACCUAACAGGGGAGGUAACCUAUGGUGGUCGUGUCACAGAUGAAUGGGAUAGAAGAUGUUUACAUGCUCUACUGGGAAGAUUCUUCUGUCCUAGUGCUCUGUCUGAUGAUUAUAGUUAUUCGCCUGAUGGGAUUUAUCGGCCAUUGAAGACGAACUGUGCAUUCCCUCAGAUUGUUACAUACUUAGAGACAUUACCUAGCUAUGAUUCCCCAGAAGUGUUUGGUAUGACAGAGAAUGCAGAGAGAGCCUGUCGAAUCUUACAGGCAGAUGAUAUGAUAGAAACAAUUGUCAGUGUUCAGCCAAGGCUGUCUCUAGAUAUUAUGGGGAGUGAUAAGAGUAAUGACCAGAUAGUACUGGAGAUUUCUGAGAACAUAAUGAAGGAAUUACCUGAGUCCAUUGAAGCAUUUAUUUGUGAUGAAGAUGCUAAUCCAAUGAUUCACCAGAACGUUCCCAGACCAACACUCAAAAAUAUCUUGUUUAAAGAAAUACCAGAAAUGAAGGACAAGGAUAAAGCAAAGAUUGUACAGGACUGUAUAGAAUCUGUGGUAGGAAAUUCAGCAUUGUUGACAGUACUCCGGCAGGAAGUGGAUAGAUUUAAUAAUUUGUUAUCACUCAUACAUACAUCAUUAAAGGAACUUCUGAAAGCAGUCAGAGGGGAGAUAAUCAUGUCUGAUGCAUUAGAAGAGGCCUACAGUGCUUUCUUGGCACAGAGAGUUCCUCAGAGAUGGAAGAAUGCUGCCUAUGAAUCGUGUAAACCCCUUGGCUCCUGGAUUUAUGAUCUGAAACUAAGAGUAGAUUUCUUUGCCAUGUGGGCAGAAUUGAUUAUUACCAAUACAGAGAAGUUAAUCAAACAAGCAGUAUCUACAAAAGGUGCCCCAGAAGUAGAGGGAGAAGAUUUAAUGAGGAAUUUACCAAGAGCUUUCUGGUUGUCAGGGUUCUUCUUCCCUCAAGGGUUCUUAACUGGAGUUUUACAGAACCAUGCCAGGAAGGUUGGAAUAUCUGUUGACUCUUUAGUCUUCAACUUUGAAGUACUGACUGCUAAGACUGACACUGAAGACAGUCUGGGUGACCUAAAGCAGAAAUUGUCCAUUAGAGAAGUAGCUUUCACUGGUAAACCACACACAGAUGAUGGUAUUGUAAUAUUUGGACUGUAUCUAGAUGGAGCCAGAUGGGAUCCUAAAACAGAAUGUUUACAAGAUUCAUUACCAGGAUUUAGAUUUGCACAUUUACCUGAGAUAUUAUUCCAACCAGUACAGACAACAACGGCAAUAGAGCCAGACGAUGAAAAAGAAGAAAACAAUGAAGAAAACUCUCAUGUGUAUGAAUGUCCUCUAUACAGAACUUCUGCCAGGGCAGGGACAUUGUCUUCUACAGGGCAUUCUACAAACUUUGUUACUGCUGUUACCCUACCCUCUGAACAGCCAUCCAGAUUUUGGGUAAUGAGGGGUGUGGCUUUACUAUGUCAGCUAGAUGAAUAAAAAUUUACUGUGAUGCUAACUAGACAUAUUAAAAAUUACGGAAGCUUUGACUCUCUACUUGAUAGUCAAUUGUAUUAUGAAAUGUAGCAUUUCAAAAACACUACUGCUGAAUAUUUAUAAGUG